CCCACCUGCCGGCGGCUCGCAGCCCCGCCUCGCCUCGCCUCGCCUCGCCCCGCCGCACACACUCCGCCCUGCAUCGCUGCCCUGUGCAUCGGAUGCUGCCUUCGGUAUGGUCCGCCUCCGUUGUUAACUCCGUGGCGCUCGCCUCUCCCGUGGCCAACCGGCUGCAGCAUGUCCCGGGACCGCUUCGGCAUCUUCAGCACCCGGCAUCUGAAGGAUGUGUUGGAGGACGAGGGGAAACUGGCGUCUAUGGUUCAGCUGAGUCCGCAGUUACAGGCGCUUCAGAAGGAGCGGGAAAUAAUCCUGGGCAAUAACCGGAGGAUGGCAGAUGCUAAUCUCAGCAUGCAGCCCUGGCUGGACAACAGCAAGAUGCACUUAGCUGACAAAUACCAAGAGUUGCAAGAGAUGGCAGCAGUUUAUAGGGAGAAGCAGAAGAAAGUGGCUGCUUACCUGGAGAGACACAGCCCUAAGUCUGCACUCAAGCUCCUAGAGAGAGACAUGGUCAAAAACGAAGAGGAAUCCGAGGAAAUCACCGAUACAUUUUUGGCUGGCCAGGUGCCGCUGGAUAACUUCUUGCAGAAGUACCACAGGACACGAACGCUUUGCCAUGUGAGAAAAACACAAGUGGAUAAGCUGCAAGAGGUGAUAAGAAAGGACAAGCAGAGUCAGCGGCAGGGGUUGCCACAGAGGCCAGAACAGCGAUUGGCCUUGCACCAUGGCCCUGCCAACCUGAGAAAUGGACCAGUGGGUCACGUGCUGCACCCGCGUCAGGGCUUCAGGCCCGCAAUCGUCCUAACCCCGCAGACCAGCAGUCCCUUCCGUGCACCGUCGCCACUUCCUCAGAGCAGGAACCUGCCUCCGCUCAGCUCGCGCGAGCACCUAGCUGCAUCCUCGCAGCCUAACACUCCGUUUGCACCCCUGGCACUUCGCUCAGGCCUGCGCUUGCUGGGCCAGCUUCCAAUAUGGACUCCUCGGCCAUUUAAGAUUCAGCGGGAGUACCCGGUGCAAAAGCAGCCACCCUACCGAUAGGAGCUGACACAGGCCUUCCAAAUCUAGCUCUGUGCAAACCACUGCAGGUGGGGAACAACAGAAUUGUGGACAAAACCGCAUCCAAAAUAUCUCGUUGGGAAAGGAAGGAGAGAAGAGAGUGAGUGAAGGUAGACACAAAAUGCUGUCUCGUCCCGAAACGUCACCCAUUUCUUCUCUCCAGAGUUGCUGCCUAUCCCGCUGAGUUACUCCAGCGUUUUGUGUCCACCUUCGAUUUAAACCAGCAUCUGCAGUUCUUUCCUACACAAGAGAGUGAGUGAUUUAUGUGGAAGACUUUCUUUGAAUGAGGGUCAAUGGAGGAGAAAUGGACUUUCAGGAUCUCGGAUAGCUCCUGAGCAUGUUUGUAAAACAAAAGGUGGAAAUCCUGUGCGAUGCUGAGCAAGAGGUGUCAAAAGGAUUGGUACCAUCGGAUUAAAUGACUGUCUCUUCAUAACUAGUUAAUUCUAGGAUUUGCCAUGAAGAAAUAUUUCAAACUCCCAUUUUACAACAAUGGAUUUUCUACUUUUAUUUUCCGAGGAUCAUUCUCUACGAAUGUAUCGACUUUCCAUGAGAACCACACUAACUGGCCUGGAAUGUACGUCAUGAACGCGUGUGCAAGAAUGUUUCUAUUAUAUAUUUCCUGAUGCCAGUGAAAUGAGUAGCUCUAAAAUGAAGGUCUGUCUGAUUUUAACCUACUUUGCUCAGAGGUAUGGAUGUCUAAAGAUGACUACACCUUAGAAAUUGGGCUCCCUCCCUUUGGAUCAAUUGGAUCAAUAUUGUUUUGUUGCAGCUCAGUUCUGAAUGGGACUGGAACUGCUCUGGGUUACAGCUGGUGAGUUUGUGUAGACUCUCAAAUGGUAUCGUAAAUGAAACAACACAAAUAUCUACCUGUCAGAAAACAAAAUCAAGCCCAACUUUUUCAUGCAAUCUCUGGCAAUCGAUUAGAUGAUGGGGAAUUCCUCCUGAGUGCAUCACAAUGGGUGGUUUCUUAUAUUUGAACUAACCAACCUAGUACGAGGGUGGCUCUCAGUGUUUGGGAGUAAGUGGCUAUCAGUAAAUGUUCAUUUUGUACCUGGUGCUGCGAAGGUAAAUAGGUGACAUAAAUGCCUCCAAUGUACAUUCUGCAUUUACACUCAUCUCAUGUACAAACACAACAAAAUCCAUCUGACCUUGCAUGAUUUGCCAUAAAUCUUCUUGAAGACCCUGCUCUUCCAUCUGUUUUGGCAAUUUCUGGUUCAUUGUCAAUUUUUGGUUCAUUGUCAAACAGAAAAGUUGUAUACCUGCAACGUUUAACACUUAGUUGUCCAACAAACAAAACUGAAAAUUAACCUUAUUUCCUGAUCUACAAUGAUCCAUAAUCUAAUCAUGGAAGUGUAAAUGUCACUCUUGGUUUCAAAACCUUCUAUAAAAAUUGGAAAUCAAGUCACUGACAUGAAAUUUGGAAGCAUUUACAAUUCAACCCUUGUGAAUGACUUCAACCAAUUACAAGUGGCAACCCUGACCUACUUUUGCAUAUUUACAUUAGUACUGGUAAGGAGAUGGGCCAAAUUAGUAGUCAGAUCUCACACUGGUUCUUCACACAACUAAUUGCUUUGAAAAAUCUGCUAGUUCAUCCAAAUCUAAAUAAAAUUAAGUCACAUUAAGUUUACAGCCAGUUUCAGACCUGUUUUGCUUCUGUAUGGAAUUAAUAACUUUUAAUUAAUUAACAAUUACAUUUAUGUGGCUACUCUGCAUCUCUGUACCGGCUAGUGUAGGCUUAAAGUGUAUGGGUUCAUGGUUCCUCCUGGUUUGGUCAUGUACUCCCAAGUUAUUCUCACUGGUUGCAGUAGGUGUUUACAUUUCAUAGACAAGAUCUGUAUAUGAUAUCUUACUCUUUAUUAAGGGCUGCAGGGUUCCAGGAAACAGGACUUCAAUAUAUUAAAUAACCUCACCCUUGAGUACGAAAGAGCACGGAGGCUAAAGGAGCAGUCAACUUGAAUUUAGAACUACUAAGUCAUGAUCCAUUAAUCCUCUGGAAUUCUUUGAGGAAGGAAUUACCGAACUGAACUGAAAUGGAAAUAUAAUAGAUUUAGAAUUUUAGUUGUUUGGUGGUGUGAGACCGUUUGUUGUAGAUACGUGGCAUGGAUCAAAUAGGAUAUGAGCUUUGGAAUAAAAUGGUAAGAAAUGGAAGAUGCUGAAGUUUUUGAACGGAGAGCUUCUCUGGAAAUAGUAGUAUAUACACAAUUGUGCACUAUGGAUGCCAUUUGAUUGCAGUAGUCUUCCUAUAGGUUUCUGACACUUGCAGCUGACAUCAAGUUAACAAGUAUCAGAAGAGAUAAAUAGCCUUCAGAAAGACUGGGAGCACCAAACAGAUGGACCAAUUGUUUUCAGUCAUAUGGGUAGUUUGAUAUUUAAUUAUUUUGUCUUCCAUUUAUUAACAUCCCCAGUUACCAAAUCUUACACCGACUAUUACUGUAUAUUCAUUGGAUAGCGCGUUUUCUUGCAAUCUUUAUUCAUUACUUCUCAGACUCUGUGUGUGUCAACUGGUUCUUACUGCCCUCAAAACCUAUUUCUUUGUUUGGCAGGUGGAUUUUAAUACAGAUUUACCACUGACGACCUGUGGACCAAUAUUGAAAAAAAACUAUGCAAUAAAAUGUUAAGAUCAGAGUAACAUGUGUUACACUGCAGCAAGGCUGGACUUCAGAUUACAUUUGUGGGAAUCCACAAAGAAAUCUUUAAAAAAAAAAGACAGACACAAGAGACUGCAGUUGCUGGAAUCUUGAGUAAAAAGCAAAUUGCCGGAGUAACUUAUUAGUCCGGCAGCAUCAAUGGAGGGAAAGGGGCAGAUUACAUUUUGGAAUGAAACAAAAUCUUAUCUGUCCAUUUACCUCCACAGAUGCUGCGCGACGCACUGAGUUCCUCCAGCAGUUUGCUUAUUACGUUUGAAAAAAAAACACUUUUCCCUUAAAGCUUGGAUACAAUGCUUUUCUUUGUGCAAUCAGCUGACAGCACUGCCAAUUAACUCUCUGUGCACCCCUCAUAUGCUCAAAAGAAAUAAAGUCCCAGCUUAUCCAACUUCAACCCUGCAAGUUAGGUAACAUCCUGGUGAAUCUCUUCUGCACCUUUUCCAACUUGAUGACAUCCUUCCACCGUCCUGCAUCAUGUUGUCCCAACUUUUGUACUUGUCCUUACUGCCCUCCUUAAAUAAUGGAACACCAUUAGUCACCCUGCAGUCUUCAGGAACUCCCCUGUGGCGAAUGAUCAUGCAAAUAUUCUGGAAGGACCUCCAGUAUCUCCUCCUUAGCUUCCCACAGGAACUGAGGGUUUGCCUAGUCACACCCUGGGGAUUUAUCCACCUUAAUGCCCAUUAAAACCACCAAUACCUCCUCUUUGGUCAUUCGUAUCUGAACUAAGACAUAAUAUCUAUUGUGCCUCAAUUCCUGAGCUUCUAAGAUCUUUUCCUCAAUAAAAACGGACGAGAAGUAUUUAUUUAAUAUCUCCUCCAUAUCUUGUAACUCUACACAAAGACACCCGUGUAAUCUUUAAGGGGACCUAUUCUUUCCCAGGCCACCUUUUUGAUAUACCUGUCGAAUCCCUUUGGAUUUUCUUUUACCUUGAGUACCAGCUGCAUUUCAUGCCCUUUUUGUGUGCUCUGUUGAUUGUCUUCUUAAGUGUCCUCCUGCACUUCUUGUAAUCACAGAGGGUUUCACUUGAGCCUGACUACGUAGAUCUGACAUAUGCCUGCUUUUUCCCCAACUAAAGCCUCAGCAUCUCUCAUUAACCACAAUUUCCUUAACUUGACAGCCUUGUCCUUCAACCCUAACAGGAACAUGUUGCCCCUGUACUUAUGCUAUCUCAAUUUUGAAAGCCUCCCACUUGCCAGGUGUCUCCUUACCUGCAAACUGAUCUUCUUAUCGAUCUCUUCAAGUUCCAGUCUAGUGCUUCCAAAUUCGGCCCCAAUUUUGGUUCUUAACUUCUCCAUAGCUACUUUAAAACUAAUGGAACUAAUGGUGCCAAAGUGCUCCCCGGUGACAAUUCCGUCACUUGCCCUACCUCAUUCUCUAAGAUGAUAUCCAGACUUCUGCCUUCUCUCGUAGGGCCCACUAUAUAUUGACUGAGGAAGCUUUCUUGGACGCAUUAAACAAAUUCCACUCUUUACACUAUGGAGACCGAGUCAGUAUCAAGGAAUUUGAAAUCUUGCCACUGGCAGAAAAUUGAAACCAUCUCAGAGCCUAAUGAAGACAAAGUGGGUGAAUUUUAUCAAUGUUUUUCCCCAGUUGUAGUCGCUUCUACAACUUCAAUGUGUAUUUGGUAAAAACUCAAUUUAUGUGCAAAAACCUUUGCAGUAAGAAAAGCUCUGAGGAAAUUCAUGAAGCAUCUAUUUCCUGGAAUCCCUCAGUGCCAAUUGGAAAAUGUUGAUUUAAUUAACUGCAGGGUCCCAAAUGAUAUUGUCUUGAUUUAUAAAUUGAUAGAAAUCAGUUGUGAGGGAAGUUUGGACAACCUGGGGUUGUUUGUAACACAGAGAGAGUGAAGGAGGAAUUUUAAUUGGUAUCUUAAAUGACAUGGGCCUUGGACAAAGAAAGACAAGAGAGAGGAAUAAAUUUGAAGUGUUAGAAAGUUAAGAAAUUGCUCCACGCUUAAGUUGAUGGACUUCUAGAAAUCAACAUCUGGUGGGGAGGAUUUGCAGAGCCUUCACUACAUGUGGAGCAUUUUUGUGAAGCAGCUUCUCGAGAUUUGUUUUCUUGCUCUGCAACUUCUGAUGAGGCUAAAGUGAGAUCCAGAGGCUGUGCCACGGUGGGGAAGGAGGUGCUUGAUAAAGUCAAUGGGUUCUUCUUCUUCUUUCGUGUGGCGUGCACAGCCUAAAGUUGUUGGACAACUUGUUCGAUUUGAUCUUCCGUUUGUGCACGUCGAGUUGAUUGCAUUAGUCGAAACAGGGCGGACAACGUGAAGGUUGCAAUCUUCCACCCCAGUCAAUGGGUUGAUAUUUUGGGACAUUGAGUGCUCUGCCCAUCAUUUUUGCUGAGGCUCCAUGUGCUCGCGAUGGAGGAAAUUCAAGAUUGGUGGUGGGAGCCCAGAUGCUCCUUCGCCAUUUCAGGUGGUCAUUGGUCAAGGAUUUCCAUGAGAUGGCGGAGAUGGUUCAAGGAAGCUUUGAAAACUGCCUUUAAGUAUUUUCCCUGUCCAUCCAGCAAUCUCUUGCUGUAAUAGACCUUUGAUAUACUAUUUAAGAACGCUGCUUAUAUAGCCCCAAAUUCAUAGCUGGCUGAGCAUUAUUGGAGGAAGCUGGAAGAGGACACUGACAUUAUUUAUUCCGCCAAUGGAUUUGAAUGAUUUUUGCAAGAAGACAUUGAUAGCAUCUCCCCAGUGCUUUAAGGUAUUAUCGUAGGUAAACCAUGUUUGUGAAGCAGAGAAUGGGAAUCACUGCUGCCUCGUAGACCAUCACUGUUACGCCAAGUUUGAAAUCUUGAGCUUUGAUUGGUCUUUUCCUCAGAAACCCAAAGGCUCUGCUGGUGCAGUAGAAAGAGACGUGAACAUUUUCAUAAAGGCUGCUCUUUCUCAAGGGGUAGUGUUGUGAGAGGAUGUCAAAUACAAUGUCGAUACUCUGGAUUGUUUCAAUGGAUUGGACCUUGGCCUCUCAAUGUAUAUUUGCAAGAAUUGUCAAUGCAUUGAAGCACAUUGUGACUGAGGUUGGAAUGACCUUAGCUCUGGAAUGAAGGUGACAUUGGUUGAAUGGUUCCCCAUUCAUUCGCUUCAGCAAGAAACUUGCAAAAGUUGAGGUGCAAUAUACGAUCAUACAAAAAUGAGUAGAGGUUUGGAGCAAUAACAAAGUCUUGACCCCGGUCUUCGAAUAACCUGCUUAGAAUUAUCGCUUGCUUGCCAUCAUUUAGCAGAUGAAGAAUGGAAAUUAUUUAUUUUGAGGGCAGAUGAAUUUGAAAGGGAUACUCCACAGUCUUGCAGUUGAUGAUCACUUGAUAUGCUGUAAACUAUGAACUGAGAUCCGAGAUGUGGUAUUGCACUGGGGAAGUAUUUCUCAGUCAGCAUGGACAAAUGGCCAAAGAGCCUCAUUCAAAGCCAUUAAUUUCUAUAAUUCCAUCAGUUCUUUUGAACCUGUGCCAGCUCUCUGUAACCCUGAUGAUCUUAACAUAAUUUCCAUUCCUCAGGGCAAUGUGUAAACAUACAUACCCAAGUGUCAUUGCAAGGGUUGCUAUGGUAAUUGUAACUGCUUAAAUCUGUGUGAGUAGUUAGAGUAGCUUGCUAUUAACAUAUAAGUGAUUUCUCUGAAAUUCAAGUCACAUUCUUGCUUACCAUGGUUCCAGAUAGCAACAGUGACUCAAAAGUAAUUUAUUGGUUGUGAAAAGUAAUAUUAUUACUCUCCAUAGCCUUGGAAUGUCCUUGGGUAAAAGUCACCAAAUUUAUGUAUGUUCUAUUUCUUGCUCUUCAAACGGUUUGCACGGUUCUUCCUGAUCCAGCGAUGACACAAUUUUUGCUUUAUUCUCCAUUUCUGUGGUCAAUUCCUUUUGCACACAACUACCAAAUGGGGCCUUUCGUUCCAGUUUGGCCCAACAUCUCAUAUCACCAAUCCCACUGUUGCAAGGGCCGUUGUCACUUUCUCAUGUUGCCUUGUCCAACACAUUUUUUUACACUUGUCCAUGCUUUGGAAGGUCAGUGCCUCACUUACAGGACACCACUGGAACAAUUUCCAGGAGCUCCUUUUGUCCCAUGCCUUUGAUGCACUCUUGUCCCAACUUUUUGCAACCUUACCCGAUCCAAGCUUCUCAAAACUCUUUCAUGCCCACGUUGCGUGGUUCAUUUUUUACUUCAACCUCUUUGUCACUAUUGUUCAGCUCUCCACUGCAGGCAAAUAAACUUCCGAGUCAGAUUUCAGAGUGAGAAGUUGUGAAAUAAAUGGGAUUUUGAUAAUCCGCGUAAGCACUGUGAAGAGAAAAGGGCUACUUGUGCAGGGGUCUAAGUGGGGAUAUUGCAGGGUCACUGGCAGUGGGCGCUGUCACAGCAGAAACAACAGUAUUGGGGUGAUUUUGUUUUCUAAGAAUGAUGAUGAAGGAGAACAUCAUGUACACCACACCAUUUUGUACAUCAUGAUUUCAAUAAAAAAUCUUUUUGCUAACAGAAAUUCAGCCGCCAUGUUUUAAUUGUUAGGAAUAUGAAUGCCUUUUCAAAUGAUGAAUGUUAGCCUGAAGAUUAGAAUUUUUAUUUGUCUAAAAAUGUUAGAUUGCUAAAGACGGCAUAUCAGUUAUUGAUUCUAUUCAUAACUAACACUUGAUAUAACUGAAUUAUUACAUCACCCCCAAUUUUAGUUAAGACCCCUGUUAAAAAAGUUUAAAUAAACGGUAAAUCCUCUGUGAAAAGAGCAAAGGAAUGAUACAGGAAUGUGUGUUAUGUUCAGUCAAAAUGUGCUAAAGCAGCAAUUGGCUCUGCUUGUUCCACUAAUUAGCAAGAAUAAGAGGUUCCAAGAAAUUCUCAUUCUCAUCCACACUGGAGCUUAUUAGAUCAAAAGACGAGGCUGAAUGUUUGCAACCAAGAGCUGCAGAUUUGAUCCACAUCAGUGCCCUGCUGAAGUCUCCACCAUUACUCUUCUGACCAAUUCUGUACCAAUUUAAAAGCACUGAUUACAGCAAAGGCCAAGGCCCCCAGCAGCUUGCUGAUGUAGUGCUGAUGGCUUGUUCGACAAGUGGCUCGACCCCAAUGGCACAUGCAUGUUGGGACGUGAAUGUCAGCUCGUCAAGGAGAGCUGGAAAACUGCUCCUGUAUCUGCAGCAAUACACCUGUCCCAAAGGUGUUUCAGUCUUCCAAUGAUUUCUAUCAUGUUUCAGAUUUUAAAACAAAUUAGUGCUAUAACCAUAAGAUGGUUUAUCCACUUUCCAAAUCAGGUAAGUGUUCAUAGGUGCGGAUUGUACAUUCCUACUGUCAAUGCUUGAAAUGGUUUGAAUGGGAUAGAUGUUUAAGGAGCUAAAUAUUGUACAAGUGUUGCAAUCUACAUCAGAUGGAUGUGUUGAUGACACUGGCUGCUGAGCAGUUGACUUCCUGAGACUCACCCCUUCAAGUCAGCACAGUGGCACAGCAGUAAAGUUGCUGCUUUACAGCGCCAGAGACCUGGGCUCGAUCCUGACCACAGGUGCUGUCUGUACGAUGUUUGUACAUUGUCCCUGUGACCAUGUGGGUUUCCUCCGGGUGCUCCGGUUUCCGCCCACAUCCAAAAGAUGUACAGGUUUGUCGGUUAAGUGGCUCCAGUAAAACUAAAUUGUGCCUAGUGUGUAGGAUAAUGUUAGUAUACGGGGUGAGGGUAUGGUCGGCAUGGACUCAGUGGGCUGAAGGGCCUGUUUCCGUGAUGUAUCUCUGAACUAAACUAAACUAAGCUACAUCAGCAUUUUGAAAUAAAUAUUAAUGUUCAAGGAUCUGAAGCUGGAGCAACCACAGAUUUAUGCCAAAGUACUUAAAAAUGUUGAGAUGUAUUAGCGAUGUUUCCACUAGUGGGAAAGUCUAGGACCAGAGGCGAUUGCCUCAGAAUAAAAUGACGUACCUUUAGAAAGGAAAUGAGGAAGAAUUUCUUUAGUCAGAGGGUGGUGAACCUGUGGAAUUCAUUGCCACAGGUGGCCAUGGAGGCCAUCAUUGGGUAUUUUUAAAGCAGAGAUUGACAGAUUCUUAAUUAGUAAGAGUGUCAGGAGAGAAGGCAGAAGAAUGGGGUUGAGAGGGACAAAUAGAUCAGCCAUGAUAGCAGAGUAGAUUCGAUGGACCGAAUGGCCUAAUUCUGUUCCUAUGAUGUAUGCACAUGAACUUAUGAAAUUAUUUACUGUAGUAAAACAAUGGUUUAUAUAUCACCUCUGCUGUAAUAAUGCAAUUUUUAAAAUGAUGCUUACAUUAAAAUAACUUAGAGGGGAAUGUGGUAGGAAUGCCACCUAUCACUUUGAGUCUGCAGUGAAGGGAAUGUGAUUUAGCUGGUACGGAGUUCAAUAUGGGGAUAUAAUUGAAUGACCACAUAUUUAUUCAGUUUAUUGAAAAGUCAAGUAAUACUGAAUGCUGAAUUAUAAAGGUUACAACAGGGUCAGAACUCACACAGUUCAUAAACCUCCCACUGGAUCGCCCACAAUGAUUGACCGCCAAGCGUUCCAUCUUGUUCUGCAAUUUCAGCCUGUUUGCUGCAGCCUGCAUUCUCUUUACCUUUCCUAUUGUUCCCAGGUGUAGGGUUGCUCCCAUCAUCUCUUCACUCAACACCUAAAGUUCUAGUUCUGGUUUUGGCAGAACUCUGCACUGAACAGAGAAGCAGAGUAUUUAAAAAUUCAUGAUGAUAUAUUGCUGAAUAAAUAGUAAUGACUUGUAGAGUGUGAGUGUGUGAGAUGGGAAGGUAAUUUGUAACGAGAGAACUAGAGGUACUUGUAUUGUAACUAAACAUUCCAGAUUAAGUUUCAGGUCUGAAAAGAGUGGCCUUAUCAUUUGGGUUCCUCUUAAAAACAACAUGUUUCUUUAAAAUAUUACUAAAUAAAGGCACUGGUUUAUGUCAUUGACACACGCCGAUUUGGAUGAUCCAGAGUCUGCUUAGUAUGGUGGGCGUUGGAUGUUACAAAUGACCUCAGUAGUAUUGGAUGGUGACGAAGAGAUGUGACUUUCAGAUCAUUCCAGACCAUUUAUCAGAGUCUUUUCAUUGCUACCCAUCGAUUUCCAUUCAAUAUCAAGAGACACAAUAUCAGAGGCACGGUGGCACAACGGUAGAGUUGCUGCCUUACACCACCUUACUAUGCCAGAGACCAGGGUUCGAACCCGGCUAUGGGUGCUGUCUGUACGGAGUUUUGUAUGUUCUCCCCAUGUGACCUGCGUGGGUAUUCUCCAAGAUCUUCGGUUUCCUCCCACACUCCAAGGAUAUAAAGUUUUAUACGUUAAUUGCUUGGUAUAAAUGUAAAUUGUCCCCAGAGUGUGUAGGAUUGUGUUAAUGUGCGGGGACCGCUGGUUGGUGCAGACUCGGUGGGCCGAAGGGCCUGUUUCCGUGCUGUAUCUCUAAACUAAACUAAUAUCCAAAAACUCAAGAUUGCUGUUGAGAGAUCAGAUCACUAUUCAGAGAUUAUAGAUCAUUAUUGGGAAGUAGGACUCAAGAUCACUAUCCAGAGAUAGUGAAUCAUGAAAACUACAGGCACAAUAUUAAAAUAGAAGAUGCUGGAAGACUAAGCACAUCAAGCAACAUUCAGCGUAAAGAGAAACAGUUAACAUUUCAGAUUGUUAACUGGUAAAUGGUAUAUUUACCAGAACUGCGAAUAAGAGAAAACACGUUAGUUUCGGCAGCAUUGGAUGUGGGGGGCAGAGGGUAGAACAAAGAGAAUUUUGGUGAUCGGGUGAAAUGAAAAAGCUAUUAAGGAGUAGAUAAUCUCCUUUGCCUAUGCAAUGUUUUGUUAAUCUUAUGAAGUCUAGGUAAUGUUGUAUAGUCAGUCUUGGUGACUCAAAAUCACAGUAUUGUCGGUCUUAAGGGCCUGUUCGAUUUUUUUCGGCGACUGCGGCCGUCAGGGACUGAGACACAGUUGACGUCAACCUGCGACAAUCUGCAUCAGCUGACGCCACAAUUUCCAGGACCUCAACAGUGACAAACACACGACAACAUGCGGCAGCGACUACGACAUUCUGUGA